AUGUAUCGAUGCUGGAGUGAUGAUCCUUCUGAACGUCCAACUGCUGAUGAAUUAUAUGAUUUAUUUUAUGAUGUAAAAAGAAAACUUUAUAAUAUUAUAGUGGAUGAUGAAGUUAUGCGUCAACUUAAAAUUGCUGAUGAAAAUCAAAAAAAUACAUCUAAAUCUCAAAAACAAGAAUUACUUGAAUUAUUUUCAUAUUCAAAUCUUAAUUUAUUAUUAAAGUCUAAUGAAUCAACUACUUCAAGUGUCAACACUCAUAAUAUUGAUGAGGAAACAGAAAUUCAAAGCAAGCAAAAAAAUGACAUUCAGCUUUGA